AUGAACAUUCUGGAUUUAGCUGAUAAAACAUGUUUAAUGUCAGCUUGCAAUAAACAGCAAAAGAACGUAAUCCAACUUCUGCUAGAAACGGGCAGCGCCAACCCAAACAAUCUUGACAUUAUUCAGUUACUGGUUAAUGACGGUGCACAGAACACCAAGGAUAUAGACGGACGUAGUCCUUUGAUGAAAGCUGCUAUCGAUGAUUGGUCAUCAAUUGUUGAAUAUUUAAUUAGUCAGACAAACAUAUGUUCAACAAGUGAGUGUAUCGAAGCGUUAGAAUUAUUAGGUGUAGCUCGCUGCACUCGAGAUCUACAAACUGAAGCAUUUCAUUACUUAUUUCGUGCAAUGAAGAUGAGAUUUGAGGAUCAGUCAGCACCACCGAUUCAUAAAAUGGUACUAGCUCCAGUAGAAGCGUAUGCAAAUCACGUAGAAUGUCAGACGAUUGAUGAACUUGAACGGUUAGGGCAUAAUCUUGAUGCAUUACGUAUGGAAACACUUGUCGUUGUGGAAAGACUGUUGGGCACAAAAAGUGCCGUCCUUUACGAUGGUCUUCAUAAAAUAGGUCAUUUUUAUCUUAUUGAGGUUAAGUACGAUCGAUGCAU